UGCGCCUUUCUUUGACUUUGCGCGCCAACUCCGUCGCAACCAACCGAACAACUGUGGGGAAUUAGAGUUACACUUCCUCUCUUUCUUACCUUCCCUCAACCUUAUACCUCAGAGUCACAGCAGCUACAAUGUCAACAACAGCAGGCGCCUUCAUAGCCGGCGGCAUCGCAGCCUGCGGCGCCGUAACCGCCACGCACCCCUUCGAGACCGUCAAGAUCCGCAUGCAGCUCCAAGGCGAGCUCCAAUCCUCCUCCUCCUCCCCUCACUUCUACCGGGGCCCCAUCCACGGCGUAUCCGUGAUCGUGCGCAACGAAGGAAUAGGCGGCAUCUACCGCGGCAUCGGGUGCGCGUACAUCUACCAAAUCCUGCUCAACGGAUGCCGCCUGGGUUUCUACGAGCCAAUGCGACACACGCUUGCCACUACCCUCUUCAACGACGCAAAGACACAGAACCUGGGCAUCAACAUGUUUUGCGGCGCGGCUAGUGGCAUCAUGGGCGCCAUGGCGGGUUCGCCGUUCUUCCUGGCCAAGACGAGGUUGCAGAGUUAUAGCCCCUUUUUGCCGGUGGGCACGCAGCAUCAGUAUAAGAACGCUUGGGACGGGUUGACUAAGAUCUACAAGGGUGAGGGGAUAAGGGGACUGUAUAGAGGCGUGGGCGCGGCGAUGAUCAGGACGGGUUUUGGGUCUUCGGUGCAGCUCCCGACGUACUUCUUUGCGAAACGAAGGCUGGUACAACACUUGGGCAUGGAGGAGGGGCCGGCGCUGCAUUUGGCGAGUAGCACGGCGAGUGGGUUUGUGGUUUGCGUGGUGAUGCAUCCUCCUGACACAAUCAUGUCCCGCCUCUACAACCAAAACGGCAACCUGUACAAGGGCGUCUUCGACUGCCUGGCCAAGACCAUCCGCGCCGAGGGUUUCUUCGCCAUCUACAAGGGCGUCAUCCCCCAUCUUACCCGCAUUCUCCCCCACACCAUCCUGACCCUCAGCUUGGCCGAGCAGACCACCAAGCUGGUCAAGAAGCUGGAGGACAAGAUCCUUGGUCCCGAGACCCGGGUCCUAUAGACGAGGGCACGAGUCUUAUAGUUCCUUGAGGGACUGCUUGACCCCGCGACAUGAUGGGGUGUGGUAUCUACCAGGACCAAUCCCUGGCUUGACAUGAAAGAAUGGAGGGGGAAGAAAGGGAGGGACAAAGGACAGGGAGGAUAUAACCAAAAAGGAAACGGACGGGUUAGAGAGAAUGCGGUGCGGUGGGGGAAAGCGUUGGGGAGGAAGCGGUGAUUUUCAACAACCGAACAUAUAGACUUCACAUCGGCGGAUAUCCUGUUUCUGUUCUAGACUUCAGGCGUUAAUUUUUCUUUUGGCUUCUGGGAAGCGUUUUUACUUCUUACCUUUUCGAGUCGGCUGUAGGGCAGGGUAGGGUGGGAUAG